AUGAGCUCUCAAUCUAACAUCCGCCUCGACGGCAAGGUCGCCCUCAUCACUGGUGCUGGCCGUGGUCUGGGUUCCGGCCUGGCCAAAACCCUCUCGGAGCGUGGUGCCGCCGUCAUCAUCAACUAUGCCAGUUCGGCCAAGCCGGCUCUGGCCACGGUCGCCGAGAUUGAGAAAGCUGGUGGUCGAGCGGUCGCCAUCCAGGCCAACGUCUCCAAGACUCCCGAGGUCACCAAGCUCUUCGAGGAGGCCAUAAAGGCCUUUGGCAAACUCGACAUUGUCAUCAACAAUGCCGGCAUGGAGGCCUUCUCCAAGCCUGAGGACGUCACCGAGGAGCUGUAUGACCAAGUCUUUGGCCUCAACACACGUGCUCAAUUCUUCGUCGGUCAACAUGCCCUGAAGUACCUAAGCGAGGGAGGUCGUAUCAUCUUCAUGUCCUCCAUCGCUGCUGGUCUGGGUGUCCCGAACCAUGCCUUGUAUGCUGGUUCCAAGUCUGCCGUCGAGGGUUUCGCCCGGUCUUUCGCGGCCGACGGUGGCCCCAAGCGUAUCACUGCCAACGCCAUCGCCCCUGGCGGUAUCAAGACCGACAUGUUCGCCCAAAACGCAUGGCAUUACUCUCCUGGUGCCACCAAGGACACUCCUCUGGAGCAAAUCGAGGCCGGCAUUGCGAAGUUGAUUCCCCUCGGUCGAUGCGCCGUUCCAGACGACAUUGCCAAGGUGGUCAUCUUCUUGUGCCAUCCUGACAGCGAAUGGGUGAACGGUCAAGUUAUCCGUCUCACUGGUGGCAGUGCCAUUGCCUAG